AUGCUACCGUCCGUGCGACAUCUCGCCGCGCUACCUCCAUUCUCGAUCCGCUUCUUCGUCGCCCACUUCGGUGUUCGCACAAUGGCCGCCUCCGACGCGGCCGCACCAGCGCCAGCUGCCGAGACAGAAAAGUCGUCGACGACGACAACAACAACGGCCUCGACAUCAAACGCAGCAUCCCAGCCAGAGGCCGGCCCUGGCGACACCUACGAUGUCGUCGCCACCUACCACCGCCUGCUCGCCGAGGACGCGGACCUCACCAAGCCCAUUGCCGCCAUCGAGGCCCUCAUCGACGUGCUGCGCCAGACGACGUCGUCGACGGCCAUGGAGACGUACGAAAUCGCCAGCGCCCAGGUCAAGCGGCUGCUGGCCGCCGUGCCCAACGCGCUGCCGCUCGAGGCCGGCACCAGCCUGUUUACCAAUUUCCUGAGCAUGUCGAUGCGCCAGCCGGCGGUCGACGACGCCGCGGCGCGCUCCGUCACGGCCGGUCUCGACAGCUUCGACAAGCUGCGCCAGCACCUGCUCGACAACAGCCAGCUCUUUGUGCAGCGCGCCAAGGAGGCCCGCGACCAGAUUGCCGAGCGCGGCUGCCGCCUGGUGCGCGAGGGCGACGUCGUCCUGACGGCCGGCGGCUCGCGGGCGGUCCUGGCCUUGUUUUUGAAGGCGGCCGAGCGCCUGACGUUGGGGGCCGCCGGCGCCGAACGGGACGCCCCCUUCUCUGUGCUCUACGUCUGCGACGAGCGCUCCCGCGACGAGGCGCAGCGCGCCAUGGCCCGCCUGCGCGCGCACCGCAUCCCCGUCUUCGAGGUCGACUACGGCAGCGUCGGCUAUGCCAUCGAGGCCCACGGCGUGCGCUCCGUCUUUGUCGGCGCCGAGGCCGUCACCCACGACGGCAAGCUGGUCUCGCGCAUCGGCACCUACCCGCUGGCCGUCCUGGCCGCCGCCGCCCGCCCCGCCUGCAACGUCUACUGCCUCGCCGAGACGCACAAGUUUGUCCACAAGCUGCUCAUCAACAACAAGCACCUCAACCGCAUCGGCAUCGUGCAGGACAUCCUCCCGCGGCCCGUGCCCACGCGCGCCGGCGUGCCCGUCACCACCAAGCCGCCCAUGCCCUACAACGAGCAGGUCGAUGUGACUCCCCCCACGCUCGUGACAAACUUUGUGACAGAAAACGGCAUCAUCGAGACCUCGGGCGCCUACCGGAUCGUGUCAUAUUAA